AUGGAUGAUUGGAGUUUGUUAAGUGAGGUGAAUGUAUUGGCGAAGUUGCCGGAACAAUUCAACGAAUGGUUGGAGUCAAAAAAAUGGACAGAAAGACGUGAUGCUUUGCAAGCAUUGAUAAAUGAGAUGGCUAAAACUCCUCGGCUUGACUCGAAAGUUGACUACUUUAACAUAACACAAAGCUUGCGAAAUGUUCUUGCAAAAGAUGCUAAUAUUAAUGUGUGUGCUCUCGCAGCGAAAUGCAUCACAGGUCUUGCAAAUGGUCUUCGAACGAAGUUUGCACAGUUUGCUACAUUGUAUAUCCCAGUCAUUUUCGAACGUUUUAAAGAAAAGAAGCCAACCUUACGUGAUCCUCUGAUUGAAUGUAUUGAUACGAUAGCACUCACAGUCAAUUUGGAUAUGUUGGUAGAUGACCUGUCCAGUUGCUUCGAUAAGCCAAAUCCACAAAUCAAACUGCAAGCAUGCAAUUUUAUUUAUCGAGUGAUGAAGAACCAUAGUCAAACAUCAGCACCCAAAAAAACCAUUAAAGUUGUGACACCAAUUUUGGUUAAGUUUACCACUGAUCCAGAUUCAGAAGUACGAGAAGCAGCAUGUAUUGGUCUUGGAUCGAUUAUGCGUCUAACUGGUGAUAAAGUAAUGAACACAUUCCUGGGAAAUUUGCAAGAGGACAAAAUCAAAAUGAAAAAGAUAUGUGAUAGUAGAGAUCAAGCUACCAUCGAAUACAAUGAAGAAGCAAAGCGAAAACAAGAAUCGCUACACUGUGGAAGUGCUUCAGUUCCAAGUGCAGAGGCUACUGCUGGUGGCUCUAUAGUUGCAGGCACCGAAUUAGCUAUGCACGAAACCGAUCCCUGGGAUAUGUUGGAUCCUGUGGAUGUACUUGCAAAGUUGCCAGGAAACUUCAUGGAAGGCACUGAUUCGAAAAAAUGGGUAGAGCGGAGAGAUGCGUUGCAAUCAUUACUUGCUCUUUGCACGGAGAAUCCGAAACUCUGCCCGAAGGCUAAUUAUGGAGAAUUCGUAGCCUUACUUAAAAAGAUUCUGGAGAAAGAUGCAAAUAUCAAUGUUUGCGCUCUGGCAGCUCGAUGUCUAACGGCAUUUGCAACAGGUUUACGUAAAAAAUUUGCGCAGUAUGCAACCAUGGUCGCACCAACAAUUUUUGAAAAAUUCAAAGAAAAAAAGCCGGUUUUGAGAGAUCCACUCAUUGAUUGCAUUGAUGCUGUUGCUGCUUCGACCACUCUGGAAGCGCUAGCUGAAGACAUCCAAACAGCUCUUGAUAAGCAAAAUCCUCAUAUUAAAAUCCAAACGAAUCUUUUUCUGUAUCGCGUUUUCAAACGACAUAAUCCGCAAACUGUCCCCAAGAAAGUUUUGAAGUCACUGGCCCCAAUAAUCGUGAAGCUCACUGGUGAUUCGGAUCCUGAAGUACGUGAUGCUUCCUAUGCUGCAUUAGGUGCUGCUAUGAAAGCUGUUGGUGAAAAGUCGUGUAUGGUUUUACUUGCCGAUAUCGCGGAAGACAAAGUGAAAAUCGCAAAAAUCAAAGAUUUCUGUGAGAAGGCUGUUCAAGAAGCUGGUACAGAUGUUGUUUCAAUUAUGGUACAAAGCAUGCAUAAAAGCAAUCUUGAAAAUGGAACAGGUGCUGGAAACGCUAAUUCGAAUCUAGCUUCACCUCUGAAGCCGCCAGCACCAGGUGUAGGAAAUUCGAAUGUUGGUGGGAAAGCGCAUUCAAAGGAAAUCACAAAAGAGGAUAAUACGGAAGAGAAGCCAUCAAAGUCAUCAUCUAAGAAAGAACUGGAAGCUGCAAAGGAACCUGAAGAAUCGAUAAAGACGAAGGAUGAGUUUCUGGUGAUUAAUAAAGACAAAGGAGUCAGGUUAAAAGAUGAAAGGAACCUUCGGGUUCUUAAAUGGAACUUCGAUCAGCCUGGUUUUGAGCAUGUAGAGCAGCUAAAAACAUUACUGGGUAAUGUCACACAGGCAUCUUUGUUAACAUUAUUGUUUAACAAGGAUUUCAAACAACAGCUUAGGGGAAUCGGCAUCCUACAAUCGUUGAUCACCGAUUGUCCAGAAUCUUUGAUAUCAAAUAGUGAUUUACUACUGAAAUGGAUUUCAUUACGAUUUUUCGAAACGAAUCCAACAGUUCUGCUGAAAGUACUUGAUUUAACUCAAGGAAUAUUCACCCUUUUGUUGCAAUAUAACGAGCCUUUUUCGGAACAAGAGAUGUACUCUUUUGUUCCAUAUUUACUUCUAAAGUUAGGAGAAGCAAAAGAUUCGGUGCGUACACCAGUACGUACUAUAAUCCAAUUGGUCACGGAAUUGGUCAGCCCUCCAAAGAUAUUUCCACUUAUAAUUGAGGGCUUAAAGACGAAGAAUUCGAGACAACGGACAGAAUGCCUGCAAGUUUUAGAGCAAUUACUUGAUACAACGGGAAUGGCUGCAACUACAACACCAGCUCAAUCUUUGAAACAAAUCGCAGCGUGCAUUGAUGAUCGUGAUAAUAAUGUACGUAAUGCGGCAAUUAAUGCUAUCGUAGUAGCUUGGAAAGAAGAAGGUGAUCGAGUUUUUCAACUUAUCGGUAAAAUGAAUGACAAAAGUAAAGCGAUGUUGGAUGAACGUAUAAAACGAAGUGGUGUGGUUUCGAAGGCGCGAGGGGGGCCGGAACGAGUUGGUACCUCAACCAAACGUAAUGCCAAUAUUUCUGUUGGCAUCAAAGGAAGGGGACUAAGAAGUGACCGGUCAUCAAGUAGGAUAGGUAGAAACACUCACAGAAGUAGCAGCAUUUCUCGUGAUUCCAGUCCAGUUGAAGAAAAAGAAAAUAAUCGCACGUUUACAAUGCAGAGAGGAGAUAUCGCUGAUCAGGUUGAUGACAAUGAUGGGACUCGUAAACGUUUCGCUUUGAAUUUAGAUCUUCUGAAGCUUGACGAUAACAAUGGAGCCGUGGAAUAUCCCGAAAUUGAUAUCAAUACGUUGGAAAUGUUGGAACCGAUUGAACCAGCCAUCCGUAAGCGGAAACAUGUACCACAAUAUUCAGAUCGGGCAGAAUCCGUUAGUUCAUUGACCUCGUUGGAAUCUGCAGCAGGCGAUGUAGACAAGGUUGUGCAUGGUGUGGCUUCAAUGUCACAAGCGACUGCAACAGCAGCUAUUAGUCAGCUACAAUUUUUAUUCGGUGACCCGAGUAAUUUUCGUUAUGUUGCCGACAGAACUGACGCUGUUGUACAAGCCAUUGUAACGCAGUCGUCCAUUAUACGUAGUCGUCAUCUUGAUGAUGUAAGCGCGUUGGAUGAACUAAACGAGCUUGUCCGAACAAUAUGCCAUUUUUUAAGCUCGCUUAUCAAAGAAACAACAACAUGCUCACGAAUUUCGUCUGAAGCUUUAAAAAUGCUUAUACAAGAGUUCCUCUAUCUUUUAAAAGAUGAACGAAUGGAACAACUAAAAGAUAUUCAAUCUAUAUUUCGUUCACUUAACUACUUAUCAAUUCGAAUAUGCGAUAACGCUGAUCCAACUGCUUGUUUUCUUGCGCUUUGUUCAAUGUUAACAUCUGCUUUACACGAUCCGCGGAAUAAAACUAUCGAACUCAUAAAUAAAUGUAUUUACAAACAAUCUGAGCUAUUCCUCCGCGAUGUGCCUAUGAAUUUGGAUGAAAUCGUGAAAGCAAUUCAUAUUUUCAUGCAGGAAUUCCGUCCUCGAGUGGACGAAAAUAAAAAUAUCAAAAAUUCCAUGCAUUCAAUGGAAUUAUGUAUACAGCGUUUGGUAGCAGGAACGAAAUCAUCGGUAAUACAUCAUAUUGGAGAAAUAGCGAAUCCUGAUUCAAGUGAGGCUGUAAUUUACAUGAGGAAGUGUGUUCGUGGCUUGCAAAACAGGAGUAAUCAAAAUAGCCUAGCAUCAUCAGCGUAUGGAGAACUGCCAGGGCAGGUACUUUCUUCCAAUUAUGAGGAGUCAGUACGAAAUCUGAUUUCGAAAAUUAUUGAGAAUCCAUUUGGAAAGGGCUUACGGCUUUUGCAUACAUUUCUGAAGAUGAACCCGGAUGCCCGGAAGAUCCUGGAAGAGGAGCUAAAAAAACAUUUUCGAAUGCGGGAUUUCAUCACUCUUCAUUUGAAAAAGAUGGAUUUAGAAGAUCGUGAGACACCGGAAGUCACUGACGAACUGUAUAAUGUAAUGGAAUCUAUUCGUGCACAUCGUGAAGCAUUGUGUAAUUAUCGACAAACAGGUUGGUGGACUGGCAGUGCUGUUGGCGCUGUAGUUGCAUCAACCGAUGAAAAUACAAAGCCAGUGGCUGUACGUCGUUCAUUCCAAAGGCGAGUUUGCUGUUCAUUUUUUUCUAUAGUUGAAUACUCUAUAUACUUCCCCUAUAGGCAACCUUUGGAAGGGGCACCAGAAAAUGAAUUGGUUACACCGAUACAUACAAAACCCAAACUUACAGUCAGUGAUGUGGAACCACUGAAGCAACUACUGAAUAUGCGACGACAGCAGCAGUAA